CUCACAGCCACCCAUGCUCUCUUUCACGACCACAAACCUAUCGACAUCUCGGCCUUUCAGACAAUUUCUUCAAGAUGACUCGUCUUUACACUAAGGGUCGUAUUUUGGGUCACAAGCGCGGCAAGAACGUCGCCAGUGAGCACACAUCUCUCGUCAAGCUCGAGGGUGUUGCGGACCAGAAGGAGGCUCAGUUCUACUUGGGCAAGCGAGUUGCGUACGUUUACAGAGCGCACAAGGAGGUCAGAGGCUCCAAGGUCCGCGUGAUCUGGGGUCGCGUUACCAGGCCUCAUGGCAACUCUGGCGUUGUCAGGGCUAAGUUCCGCACCAACAUUCCUCCCAAGGCGUUCGGCGCUGUGGUUCGCGUCAUGCUGUACCCCUCUCGCGUCUAAGCUUUGCACACCUCGAAUGCAAAUCACUCCAGUCUCGCAGCCUUCUUCCCGCAUCCCCCAAGCACGCAAGCUCUUCACACCAUGACACGGCCGACAAGCUGACGUAUCAAACCUCAGCUCGUCCGGCCUUCGCGUCCGGAGUUGGUCCGACGAGAGGACGCUUCGGCGCGAU